GAGCGCUGGGCACCGGCUGGGCUGCGGUCCCCGCGCGCAGCAGCCGCCGCCGCCGCCUCUUCUCGAGCGGUCUCGGCCCGGCGCGGCUGGCGGCCGGGGCGAUGUGAGCCGGGGCCCGCGGGCGCGGCCGGACCGCCGCGAUGUGGCUCAAGCCUGAGGAGGUGCUGCUGAAGAACGCCCUGAAGCUCUGGGUGACCCAGAAGAGCAGCUGCUACUUCAUUCUGCAGCGGCGCCGCGGGCACGGCGAGGGGGGCGGCCGCCUCACCGGUCGCCUGGUCGGUGCUCUGGAUGCAGUGUUGGACUCCAAUGCCAGGAUCGCUCCAUUUCGAAUUCUGCUUCAAGUUCCUGGGUCCCAGGUUUAUUCUCCCAUAGCAUGUGGUGAGUUACUGAAUGGAUCAGACGUUUACUGGGCCAUAGCCACUGGUGCAACUUUAGAGGAAAUAAACCAGCACUGGGAUUGGCUGGAACAAAAUCUCCUGCACACCUUGUCCGUCUUUGAUAAUAAAGACGACAUUGCCAGUUUUGUCAAAGGGAAGGUAAAGGCUCUGAUUGCCGAGGAGGCAAGCAGCAGGCUCGCCGAGCAGGAAGAGGAGCCCGAGAAAUUCCGAGAAGCCCUGGUGAAGUUCGAGGCCAGAUUCAACUUCCCCGAGGCAGAGAAGCUGGUCACCUACUACUCCUGCUGCUGUUGGAAGGGCAGGGUGCCGCGCCAAGGCUGGCUGUACCUCAGCAUCAACCACCUCUGCUUCUACUCCUUCUUCCUGGGCAAGGAACUUAAACUUGUAGUCCCUUGGGUUGAUAUCCAGAAAUUAGAAAGGACAUCCAAUGUCUUUCUGACGGAUACCAUCCGCAUCACCACGCAGAAUAAGGAGCGGGACUUCUCCAUGUUUCUGAACCUGGACGAGGUGUUUAAGAUCAUGGAGCAGUUGGCCGACGUGACGCUCCGAAGGCUGCUGGAUAAUGAGGUCUUUGACCUGGACCCGGCUCUGCAGGAGCCAAGCCAGAUCACCAAGAGGGACCUUGAAGCCAGAGCGCAGAAUGAGUUCUUCCGGGCGUUCUUCAGGUUGCCGAGGCAGGAGAAGCUGCACGCGGUCGUGGACUGCUCCCUCUGGACGCCGUUCAGUCGCUGCCACACUGCGGGGCGGAUGUUCUCCUCCGACAGCUACAUCUGCUUUGCCAGCAGAGAAGACGGUUGCUGUAAGGUCGUCCUGCCACUCAGAGAGGUGGUGAGCAUCGAGAAGAUGGAGGACACGAGCCUGCUGCCUCACCCCAUCAUCGUCAGCAUCAGGAGCAAGAUGGCCUUCCAGUUCAUCGAGCUCAAGGACAGAGACCGCCUGGUGGAGGGUCUGCUCGUGAGGCUGAAGCAGGUCCACGCCAACCACCCCGUGCACUAUGACACCUCCACAAAUGACGAUGUGACUUCACCUGUGUUUUAUUCGACAAGCAUAUGCAGUGACCACAGGUUUGGGGAUCUUGAAAUGGUGUCGUCUCAAAAUAGUGAGGAGAAUGGGAAAGAGAAGAGCCCACUGCUGCACCCCGAUGCCCUGGUCACCGUCUUCCAGCAGUCGGGUGGCCAGAGUCCUGACUCCGGAAUGUCCAGAGAACAGAUAAAAGUAAGCCUGUGGAACGACCACUUUGUGGAGUAUGGCAGAACCGUGUGUAUGUUUCGCACAGAGAAGAUUCGGAAGCUUGUAGCCAUGGGGAUCCCUGAAUCUUUACGUGGAAGACUUUGGCUCCUUUUCUCAGAUGCCGGGACGGAUCUCGCCACGCACCCCGGCUACUACGGGAACCUGGUGGAGGAGUCCCUGGGGAAAUGCUGCCUGGUGACGGAGGAGAUAGAGCGGGACCUGCACCGCUCCUUGCCUGAGCACCCCGCCUUCCAGAAUGAAACGGGGAUCGCUGCCUUGAGGAGAGUCCUGACAGCCUACGCCCACCGGAACCCCAAGAUCGGAUACUGCCAGUCCAUGAACAUCCUGACCUCCGUGUUGCUGCUGUACGCCAAGGAGGAGGAAGCCUUUUGGUUGCUGGUCGCCGUGUGUGAGCGGAUGCUGCCCGAUUACUUCAACCACCGAGUGAUCGGGGCGCAAGUGGAUCAGUCUGUCUUCGAGGAGCUCAUCAAGGACCACCUCCCAGAGCUGGCGGAGCACAUGAACGACCUCUCAGCCCUGGCGUCCAUCUCUCUCUCGUGGUUUCUGACUCUGUUCCUCAGCAUCAUGCCUCUGGAGAGUGCAGUGAAUGUCGUAGAUUGUUUCUUCUACGAUGGGAUCAAAGCCAUCUUCCAGCUGGGGCUGGCUGUGCUGGAAGCCAACGCCGAGGAGCUGUGUGGCAGCAGGGACGACGGCCAGGCCUUGAUGGUCCUCAGCAGGUUUCUAGAUCACAUCAAGAAUGAGGAUAGCCCGGGGCCACCAAUUGGCAGCCACCAUGCCUUUUUCUCUGACGACCAGGAGCCCUACCUUGUGACUGACAUUGCUGACCUGAUCCGGGACUCUUAUGAGAAAUUUGGAGACCAGUCUGUGGAGCAGAUCGAGCACCUGCGCUGUAAGCACAGGAUCAGGGUCCUCCAAGGCCACGAGGACACCACAAAGCAGAACGUGCUCCGAGUUGUUAUCCCAGAAGUCUCAAUUCUUCCUGAAGACCUAGAGGAACUCUACGACUUAUUCAAGAGAGAGCACAUGAUGAGCUGUUACUGGGAGCAGCCCUGGCCUGUGGCCCCACGCCACGACCCCAGCAGGCCCUACGCCGAGCAGUACCGCAUAGACGCCCGGCAGUUUGCACACCUGUUUCAGCUGGUCUCGCCCUGGACCUGCGGGGCCCACACGGGGAUCCUCGCUGAAAGGACUUUCCGGCUCCUGGAUGACAACAUGGACCAGCUCAUCGAAUUCAGAGCGUUUGUGGGCUGUCUGGACGUUAUGUAUAAUGGAGAAAUGAAUGAGAAAAUCAAACUGCUAUAUAGGCUUCAUAUCCCUCCAGGUGUCCCAUUUAGAAAAUGAUGAAGAUAGCAGUGGCAAUACAGUGAUAUAGAAAAUGAAAACCAUUUGACUUGAAGUCAUAGAGGAGAAACUUUCCUGCUGGUGGUAUCUGUUGAAGUGCUAAAGUUAUCCAUUAUGUUAAAACAAAAGUCUGAGAUGGAGGUUUCAGAUACCCAAAUGUAAAUCCUUUACCUGAUUUUAACUUGUACAGUAAUUGAAGUGAGACUCAGUUAACGCUUUAAUAGAAAAUGUCCCUCAAUCCAUUUAUAGUCUCGGAUUACAAGCUACAUGUAUUUAUAUAGGAAUGUAUUAUAAAAAUAAGGUCAUGUUUAUGAAAGUUUGAGCAUCUCAUUUACAAAGGCUGAGAUGAUAUUUAAAGUUGGUAUAUGUGCUUAGUAUUUACUGUUUCCCCGUAUGCAUUGUAUUCUAUACUUCUGAUCACGAACAGGUUAUGGAAUGCGUUUUUUAAUGAGCUCCACGUCUCCUGCAGCCUCCUUGUGUCCAGUCCAGUCAUGUUGUGUUGUGUGUGCCAAUGGCAGAGAGGUUGAGGGGCUCUGCUCUGGGGUCUAGUUGGCCUUUCUGGCUCCUUGUUACCUGCCUUCCCUCUGGACACUUGCCCACCCCCUGAAUGAAUCACUGUCUGUGUGUGCACCCAUCACAGUUGUGCAUAUUGGUUAUAGCAUUUUCUUGGUCAUUUGCAUACACACGUUUGUCCUUUCUGGUAUACCAAGUUCUUUGGCGUCCCAGCAGCUAUUCCCUGGGAAACCCAUUUCUAUCCCGACUGUCCCAAGUACCCUUCACUCAGGGUUUGUAAUUUUCCUCCUAUUCACUGUCUGAGUGGAUCCUCACGUGCACCACUGCACAGAGUUUGUUUUGGGCAAAGUUGGAAAACAGUGGGUCAGUAUCUUUGUUGUAGGAAAAAACCACUAAACAUUAGAAAAAGAAAAAAAUGAACAAACAAACCUACCCAAGACUCUUGGAAACCUACCUCCGAGUAAGAGAGAGGGUAGCUUUUCAAAGCUGUGGUGCCAUCUUGUGGAUUUGCUGAAUCGCAGAUGAGUUUUGUCUUUGAUUUAUUCUUCGUGAAUGGCUUGCUUUUUUAAAGUAUGAGGAUCCUUCCCUGUCAUCCCCCUGAUAAUUGUUAUCUUGUAGCAUCUUCACUGAGCUAUAACUCAUUCCGUGAAAGUCACCCAUUUAAAGUGUACAAUUCGAUUUUUUUAAUACAUUCAC